AUGGUCAUGGUUCCUUUAUGUAAUUUAAUAAAGCAAUUGGAAGAAUUAGUCAUCAAACUUUGGACAUGGCCCCCUGUGGCUUGGCUUUGUCUCAUUUUCAGAGCACAGAAAAAAAUUCCCCGUAGACUACCUUUCAAAUGUGAAGUCUGGCAAGACAAAGGAUACAUUCCUGUGUUAGCAUGGGAAGUUGCUCCAUGCAGGGAAAUGAUUAAAUUUAUGGGGUUGCCCGGACAGCAGCAUCCCGGGCGGACGGGCGGACGGACGGACGGACGGAGAGCAUCCCGGCCGUCCGGCCGGCCGGCCGGAGGGCAUCCCGGGCUCGGCCCCCGCCAUGAGCCCCCGGCCGGGGGGACCCCGGUGUCCCCGCCGCCCCCCCGCCGCCCCCCGCGCCUUAGCCAGCCGGGGGGAGGGGGCUCCCGCUGCUCCCGGUUCUCCCGGUCCCGCUCCCGCUGCUCCCGCUGCUCCCUGUCCGGCUCCCGCUGCUCCCGCUUGUCCCGGUCCGGCCGGGUGGGGCCGCGUUGGCGGUCCGGGCGCCGGCGGCGGGGGGUCCCCGCGGCGUCCGGGCUCCGCGAUCGCCCCGGGCCCGACCCCGACCCCGACCCCGACCCCGACUGCCCCCUGUCCCGCCUCUGCUGGAACGGCCGCCGCAGCUCGUCCGGGCCCGCACGCUGCGCUAAGCCCUCCGCCCCCGCCGCCUCCGCCUCCGCCGCCCCCUCCGCCGCCCCCCCGGGCCCGGGCCCGCCCAGGACGGGGCCCCCCCGCCGCACCAGGGUCAACCUCGACUCCCUGGGAGAGACCAUCGGACGCCUGACCGCACCAACGCCUCAGACAAUACAGCAGACUCUCAAGAGGACACUGCAAUAUUAUGAACAUCAAGUUAUUGGUUACAGGGAUGCGGAGAAAAAUUUUCACAAUAUCUCUAACAGAUGCUCCUAUGCAGACCACUCCAACAAAGAUGAAGUUGAAGAUGUCUCAGGAAUUCUUCAGGGCACAGCGAAUAUACUGGGUUUGAAGUUUGAGGACAUGCAAGAAAAAUUUGGGGAGGAAUUCUUUAAUAUCUGCUUUGAUGAGAACGAAAGAGUUCUCCGAGCCGUAGGUGGCACCCUGCAGGACUUUUUUAACGGGUUUGACGCUCUGCUGGAACACAUUCGAACUUCAUUCGAAAGACAGGUCACUCUGGAAUCCCCGUCUUUCCUAUGCAAAGAGCUCCCGGGAGGCCCCCUCAUGCUCCACUACUUCCACCCACACCACGUCGUAGGGUUUGCGAUGCCGGGGAUGAUAAAGGCCGCCGGUAAGAAGAUCUACCGCCUGGAUGUGGAAAUAGAGCAGGUCACUCCGGAUCCACCGGUUCCAGAGGGGUCAAACCCGGGAAACUGCAGCUGCCUGACCUUCCUCAUCAAAGAACGUGCCAAUGCAAAUAGCCCGCAGACCUUCCCGCCGGGAACGUCGCUGGUGCCGGCCGACCUCCGCAUCAACAUCAGCACCUUCUGCAGGGCCUUCCCUUUCCACCUGAUGUUCGACGCCAGCAUGUGGGUGUUACAGCUGGGGGAGGGCCUGAGGAAGCAGCUCCGCUGCGAGACGCACAAGGCGCUGAACUUCGAGGACUGCUUCGAGAUCGUCUCCCCGAAGAUCGGCGCCACUUUCGAACGUGUCCUGUCGAGACUGUCCACCCCCUUCGUGAUCCGCACCAGGCCGGAGGCUUCUGGCUCCGAGGACAGAGACAAGGUGAUGGAAGUCAAAGGCCAAAUGAUCCACGUCCCAGAGUCCAGUUGCAUUUUAUUUUUGGGUUCCCCGUGUGUGGACAAGCUGGACGAACUGAUGGGCCGUGGCCUCCACCUUUCCGACAUCCCCAUCCACGAUGCCACCCGCGAUGUCAUCCUGGUGGGAGAGCAGGCCAAGGCUCAAGAUGGACUGAAGAAGCGGAUGGAUAAGCUGAAGGCCACGUUAGAACGAACGCACCGGGCUCUGGAAGAGGAAAAAAAGAAAACCGUGGAUCUUCUGAUUUCCAUUUUCCCAGGCGACGUAGCUCAGCAGCUGUGGCAGGGGCAGCAAGUUCAAGCCAGGAAGUUCGAUGACGUCACCAUGCUCUUCUCGGACAUUGUGGGUUUCACGGCUAUCUGCGCACAGUGUACACCCAUGCAAGUGAUCAGUAUGCUGAAUGAACUGUACACUCGAUUUGACCACCAGUGUGGAUUUCUGGAUAUCUAUAAGGUGGAGACAAUAGGGGAUGCCUAUUGCGUGGCAGCAGGACUCCACAGGAAAAGUCUCUGUCACGCCAAGCCCAUUGCCCUGAUGGCACUGAAGAUGAUGGAACUGUCAGAGGAGGUGCUGACGCCCGACGGAAGACCCAUUCAGAUGAGAAUAGGGAUUCACUCAGGCUCUGUAUUGGCGGGAGUUGUUGGAGUAAGAAUGCCACGAUAUUGUCUGUUUGGAAACAAUGUCACCCUUGCAAGUAAAUUUGAGUCAGGAAGUCACCCUCGCCGCAUCAACGUCAGUCCGACCACGUACCAGCUUUUGAAACGGGAAGAGAGUUUCACGUUCAUUCCUCGGUCCCGUGACGAGCUUCCAGACAACUUUCCAAAGGAAAUCCCUGGGAUCUGUUACUUCCUGGAGGUCACUACUGGGCCCAAACCGCCGAAGUCUCUUUCUUCAUCGCGAGUGAAAAAGGUUUCCUACAACAUUGGAACCAUGUUCCUUCGAGAGACAAGCCUUUGAGACCUCCGGCAGAUCAAAGAUUCGUCCAAAAAGCACAAGCCCAGAACUGGGUCAUGACAGGAGAGUGUGGAGAGAUUCUUUCUCUUUCACUGCAUUGUCCAGUACAAGCAGUCAUCAAAGCUCUGCGUAAUGUCAGGCAAUAAUCCUUUAAAAAGGUGAGUGGUGGCUGGUAGGAAUCAGACCGGAGCUGGGGGGGAAACGACUGAAGACAAAAAGCUGCAUUCAUUCCGGAGGGCAUUAUUGGCCUUGGACGUAGAGUGAAUUACAAUUUGGCCUCUAUCAAAGCAUACCAAAAAAUUAACCUAUCGUGUUUCACUUAGUACCGACGAACAAAAGUGACACCUCAUUUUAGAUGUGCGUCUGCGAAAUAAAAUUUGAGGCGGUUCUCAUUCCUGCAUUUAAUAUUUACCAUGGAAAAUGUCUAAUUUUCUGAACAGACAUUUCGUACAUAUACCUUACAGGUGUGGGGAAACUUUAGGGCAGGGCGGAGUUAUAACUCAGUAAAAUAUUUUAGCGAUAUUACUAUUUUUAUACAUAUUUUGCUUUCAAGGUUAAUAACAUUUCACAUAUUUAGUCAGCUUUUCAGUCUACUAUUGAAUGUUUGUAACACUUUUUAACUAACUUUAUAGCCUAAUGCAUUUACCAUAUUUCAAAUGAUUGUGGGAGGGCAGUGGGUAUUUUAAAGUGAAAAUAUAGUGUGCAGAAAACUUUGUGUACAUUACAGUAGGUCUAUCAGUACCAAUUGAAUGGAGUAACAAUAAGGCUAAUGGAUUAAAUACAGAUUCACCUGUAUUUAAAGAAAUGGAAAGAAGUUCCCCUCUUGUUUUUCCUUUGAUGUAACAAAAUAUCAGUAAUUGACAAAAUAAAAAUGCCUCAGAAAUUCUGAUUUCUUCCCUACGCAUAAAAAUGUAGAGGAGGAAAAGUGAGCUCCAUGUAAAUCAUAUUACAUGAUGCUUUCUAAGUAAUUCUGUACUUUCCAAAUUAGCGCAAAUGAUGACAACAGGCUUGAUUCAUUCAAUCAUAUUUGUUGAGCGCUUACUGUGUGCAGAGCGCUGUACUAAGCGCUUGAUGCCUUCUCACUUCAAAGCUUGUGAGAACUUCCUGUGGAUAUUGGUGAAAGAGAAAAGUUUAAUGUUCUGCCAAGAGCCACAGUAUUUUAGCUGUAUAUCGUACCACACAACACAACACACACACACAUACACACACUUUUCAGUGAUGUCGAUUAAAAGUUAUUUUAUAACUCAAUGAUGUGGCUUUUAACUUCAAGGAAAUCCCUAUCACCAAAGUGAAGCCGUAUUGGCUGUGAGUCCCGGUGAUCUUCACUGCAAAUACCUUUAGCUGAGAUAGAUAGGUUUCUACUUUAAGGAUGGAGUCACGAUUGCCCUAAUCAGUGGGGCACGAAUAAUGCAAUCUGCACUAACACUAAAUCACACUGAAAGGACCACAGUGCUCUUAAGCCAUCCGCUUUUGGGUUCAGACUGAAAUCCAAAGCUUCUCUCAAGUCAAUUUGAGGAUCUGGACUCUGGAAGCACUUUUUUUCCCUACAAAUUUGCGAUGUUCAUGUUGAUGUCUUAUUCCAGUAGUAGUUAUGUGUCCUUCCUCUCAGUUUAGCGCUGGUAGUGAAUUCCAGUGUUCAGCUUUGUGCUGUCCUAAGAUCUUCGCUGCAAUAUGUUGGUCUCUGCUGUGACUCAGCCUAAAGAAUGUUCUGUAGGACAAAUUCUUAGUGCAAUGUUGUGAAGUUUAAUUCAUGUUUCUAAAAAAUUUUGGGCUACUCGAAUAGAAAGCAUUUAUAGUCUUGGAAUUAGAUUUUUAUAGUUCUUAUAUCAUUCUUGCUUUUUGGGGGGCGGGGGGAUAACUUUUUUUUUCUUGUCAGGAUACAGUAGGGCAUUCAAUAAAGGUUCUCCUGAUUUUGGAAGAGAGAACAUACUCUCUCUCUGAGAAACUAUAGACCCCUUUUCUCAAAUACUGCCCGAUUUUCAGGAGAAAGCAGGGAGUGGGAAUGAAAGCAGGCAGGUAUAGAAUCCGGGGUUCUCUCUGCCCAGACCACUGCCAUAGGAGAACAAGUUUGAUUGUUCAGAAUGUCACAAUACUCCUUCAGAGGGGACACUCUCCAGAUGGCAGAUUGCCAGAGAACUUGUCCCACUAUCCUGUGAGUGACUCUACCCCGCAUACACUGGGCCACUUUGGUUUCCUGGGCUGUGUAGCCUGCAAGGUACAUGAUUACACCUUCCCUUCCUUCCCCUUAUAUUAAGUUGCAUGAGUUCUUGAAUGCCCUAAUUAUAAAACUCCGCCUUUUUCCUGGCCCCUGCCUUGUAUGCAUGGGGGACAUAGAGGAAAGAGUCAGUUCUUUAUUAGCAUCAUGGUAGUAGCUUGUAUUCAUAUACCACUGAUAAUCUAUAUGAUUUAUAUGUGACGUAUCAAAUCAGUAAAAAUUUAGUAUAUAUUUUAAGAUUAUCGUAGAAUCAUAAGACCUCAAGGAGCCUUCCACAAACAUCUAAUCUGUCUUCCUGCCUGCAUGUAAUACUUUACAAGACCCAUGGCAGCAGAUGAUUACCUAAACUAUACCUAAAUAUCUCCAGGCAUAAAGAUUCCACAACCUUCCUUGGUAACCCACUCCAUUCUCUUGAAAGGAAGAGAUCUGUGAGAAAUUAAGAGGGGCGCAAACCUUUGAUUUUGUGAGCAUUCCUGUGGCUUCAGCGUCUGUUCAGACGAUUUUAUUCACUGGAGAAAGGAUUUAAAUCUCAGUGUCUCACAUUUAAAAAUGGAGAAUUCACCAUUGAUCCUACUGUCCAUCAUAGCCACAGUUUUCCUUGUGCAUUAGAAUUAGAAACUGAAGAAUUGGUCCACUCUGUCUCCUGGAAGCAAACAGCACAGAUCCACAAGGCAGUAAGUUUGUUGCGGCUCAACAACAAGCUGUCGUUGUGGCUGCUGUUUGUUGCUGUUGCUGCUCAAUGCGUGUAUAGGCAAUGUGCUAGGCACACUAGCCAUUCAUUGUUGUGAAACCAAGAAUAGGCAGACAGUGGCUCAGAUCAAAUCUUUCCAUAUUUUCCUGAGUGGUUUCCUGGAUUUGUGACAAUAUUAUGGCCAAAUGAUCCAGAACUUCAUUUGUGCCUUUUGGUAGGGUGUUUAUUUGCUUUCAUCCUUGUUUGCUCAAACAGCAGAUUCAUUACAGGCAUUGUUUAUUUAAAUGUGGUAUUUUCUGCUGGGUAAAACACAGUGAAAAAUGCAGCCCAUUAAAAAUUAGGUGAUCGUACUAAUGGCAUUUUAGCCUUGAACCAUCAUUGCCCUAUGAUGUUGAGAAAACGCAACUCAAUCCACUUCUAAAACAGCACUAUCAGAAGAGAGUGGUAAUAUCUAUAGCGCCUUUAGGUACCUCUCAUCAUACUUCCAAGCAGCUAAUUUGUAGGAGAAGUGAAUUUGUAAUCAUAGCAAUUUGUGCAAAAAAAAUAAAUUGGUGUCAGUAUCACCAUGGUGAUAAUGACAGUGUUUGCAAAUAAAUCAGUCCUCUAACAAAAUCAAAUUCACUGAAAUGUGCAAGGAAUAUGGAGUACUAUAUCUGUUUAAUAUAAACCUGUCUAUUAGAGGAAUAAACCUAGAAAAACACCAAUAAUGAUAGGAAAUAUAAAGUUGUUUCUUUUUGUGUUUUACCAAGGAGGGCUGGUUUAAAAAUGGCUUCUGUGAAAGAAAAUUAUUUAGUCUGUUUGAGAAGAAAAUUCAGAUGAUAGAUUUACCAGCUUUAUUCAUUUUAACAGCUAUGUUUAUUUCUAGUUAUUUUUGCAAACUGCUUUUUAUUUCAGCUAGCUUUUAGUGUGACAUGAGGAUCUAUUGACUACUUGGGCUUUGUGUGGAAAUAGAGAUUUCCAAGUAGAUGGUCUCAUUAUUUUCAAAUAGAGUACUUGCUCAGGAGGGAUUACUGACUCUGUUGUAUCAUACUCUCCCAAGUGCUUUGUUCAGUGCCCUGAAUGUAGUGAGUGCUCAAUAAAUACCAUUAAUUGAUUGAUUGAUUGAAUGAAUUCAGCUUUCUAGUGACAUCUUUUCUGGAUAUUCCAGUGGCCAAGUCCCCAUGGAAAUGGAAUUUGAAUGCUGAUCCUACCAAUUCUGGUUACUAGUUAGCUUAGAAGGAGACUUUAAAUGUUGAUUUUUUACAACCAAUGUAUACAGGUAUUAAGCUUAUCCUAUGUCCCAUUCACAUUCACGACACUCUGACACAACUAGUAUUCAAAAAGUAUUCUCAAACUAACAACCAAAUGCUUCAACUCAUCUUUAUAGUUUCUUCACAAUUCAGAAAUUAUGGGAUAUAACUGUCUUGAAAGAGCAGAGUUUUUUUGGUUGAUAGAGAACAUGGAGAGUGGGAACAUAUUUUAGGCACCAUAGGAAUAGUUACUCCCACUAUCUUGUGUUCAGUGUCAAAGAGCUUAGGGUCUCAUUAGGCCUAUAUGUUGGAGUCUAGAAACAUCCCUUCAUUGGUUCAGAUUCGUGUCAUUUUUUAAAUUGCCAUCUGUGAGAGAGGAGGAGAGAGAGAGUGAGUGAGGGAGCAUUCAGAAUGGCAGACAAAAGAAUUUGGAAAUUGCAAGGUGCCCUUUUGUAUUGCUACUGUUCCAGGACCAUAUUUUUGUGAAAUAUCACAAAAUAACAAGAUACAUUUAAUAUCAUUAUCCUCAUUAUCAACAACAAAAAAUCAGUCCAUAGUGAAUACCCAUGUUGUGCCUGGCACCCAACUAGGCACUUUGGAGGUGUAGAGAAUGGAGGAAAUCAGGUCUCUGGUAUUUUUGUGUUACCAUCCUAACACACUCCUUAUUUGUGCUACACAACUUGUUUUUAUCAUCAGCUUUUCCUUCAGUAAAACUAGAUGCUUCCAUUCACUCUGUGAUGUUUGAAAAUUUUCCAUUAUUUCCCAGGAUGCAGAUAAAGUUCAGGAUGCCACCCAUGUCAAUAAUAACAAAGUCUCAAAAUUAGAGAAAUAAGUUGGGAUAUUACAGCAUAGACAGUCCAUUAAUGAAUAAAUGAUGAAAAGCUAUGAAAUGUGAACUUGCUUCAAAAGAAACCAUAUACUGUUAUCAGACAGGCCAUCUUGGAGGGGUUAUUUAUUCAUUCAAUCCCAUUUAUUGAGUGCUUACUGUUUGAAGAGCACUGUACUAAGCACUUGGAAAGAACAGUUUGUCUUCAACUUAACGGAUUUAAUAAUUAUAACUUUAAGUAAGUGUCAAAUGUACUAGACUUUGGCUGCUACUGAAAUGAAUACAGCUAUAGUUCUUUACAAACACAAACAAAUCCAUUUUAGGUGAUGAACAUAUCCAUAUGGAUAGACAGCUAAUGGUAUAAUUGGCCAUAACAAAUUUGAUUUUUGGUGGUGAGCCCCUUAAGGAAUAAGAUCCAUGUCUAAUUCCCAUGAGUGUACUCUUUCCCAUCACUUAAUACAGUGUUUGCUCACAGUAAGAACUUAACAAAUACUACUGCUACUACUACCAGUACCUUUGGAUUUCUCUGAGGGUAAAAUCUUUAAAAAUUGUAGUUCAGAAAUGAGAGAGUAAAUUCGCCAGUCCAGUCACAAUGUAAAAUAAUGAAAAGUAAUUUAAAUCAAGGGGGUGUAGGAAGUAGAGAGCUUCACUGAACAUAAAGAGUAGGGAGGGUUAUAUUAAGGGGAAGAGGCUUUAAUGCUGCUCUGGGAUUGAGUACUGAGGCCAAGUGCAGAAAUUCACUCUUCCCCUUGGAUUCAAUCUCGGAAGAAUCAUACGGGAAGGGAAUGUGAAAACUAAUGUUCCUGGAUUGCACUCUCCCCGGUGUUUAGUACAGUGAUCUUCACAUAGUAAGUGCUCAAUGAAUACUAUUGAUUUCUCAAUUAUUAAAGAGAAUUAAUCAAUUAUAUGAAUAAGAGGUAAGGCAGGAGCAAAAACCUGCAGCAAUAAGAAUAUUUAUGAAUAUUAAAAAAUGGUCUUGGUGUACUUGGUUUUACCAUAGUAAAACAGGAAAAAUGGAGAUCAUUAAAGGCCAUCAGAUCUGGCCUUGAUCUUUAAAAAUCAGAAUUUAGUAUUUCAGGUGGCCAGUGAUGCAACUAUGCAAAUGAUGACUCAAGCCAAAUUUGUCGUAUCUCUCCCAAAAUGCCCUACCUCCAGCUGCGAUCGUUCUG